AUGACAAUCGCUGCUCGAAGUCCUGAAGCCCUUCUGCCCCGCUCCGACUCGAAAAAUCCUGCCACAACAUGUAGAGGCAUUACAGCAACAGGCCGUCCUUGCCGACGUGCUCUGGCUUCCUCUCCGCAUGCCUCUCCUUCCCCGUCACCCAGCCGAGGACACGGGGUAGUUGCAAUCCUCGAUGAAGAGCACGCAGGAGCAUUCUUCUGUUACCACCAUAAGGACCAGGCUGAGCAACUGGUGGCUAAGAACCGCCAGAGGACUAGCUUGCAUCCCUUGAAGGAGAGAUCAAGUCUUGACACUCUAGCCGAACGGGUAGGCAUAUUGGACAUCGAUGAAGAGGUCCAAGAUCCACAGAGGAAGCAUCACCAUCGCCAUAGGAAAGAUGGUGCGCACCCCAAGCGCAGAGAUACCCUCCCCUCUGGCUGGAACGAAAUGCAGAGCCCUUUGAUGUCUGUCCCAGACAAUAUGAUUCAACAACGACCACGACCCAGUCGUCCAGAUCGUAAGCAAGGCUCAAAUAUCAAGUUCUCGUGGUCCUGUUGUCUACAGGCCGAUAGUGAGGACGAUAGCGAGCCACCCCAGAGGACAUCGCAAAGGCCGCAAAAACCUUCUGUCCAUGCGAGCCAAUACGCACCGCAGCCUCAGAUGCACGCUCUAUCUCUUUCGAACCCACCGGUAACGCCACAACGACCAUCUGCUUCAGCUCCUACUCCUCCACGGCCCUCCGUGGGCCCUUCGCCAAGCCAUAGUCAAACCCAGAAUUUUCUAUCGUUGAUACCAUCAUCACUCUCUCCACAAACCACGUCACGUCUACUCAGUGAGCUAUCUCGACCUAUAUCUGCUGCAGAUGAUGCCGGUUACAUCUAUAUCUUCUGGCUGACCCCGGAGUCUGAGGACUCGACUCCGGACGACGAAACCGCUUCGUCUCUCCUCGAAGAUGACGACGAUGAUGUCGAAGAGAAUGAAUAUGGUGGUCUCUAUCCCUCCCUACACCCGACACGAGCCCAGAAGAAGAACAAAACACUCCAACGCUAUGCCUCCGUUCGUUAUGCCUCAGCUUUCCCAACAGACAUGUCUCAAUCGUCACCUUCACGGCAGCAGGAGUCUCAACCACCAGAGCAACGCACAAUCCUGCUCAAAAUCGGACGCGCAGCCAAUGUGCACCGACGCAUGUCACAAUGGACGAAGCAAUGCGGGCAAAACAUUACAUUGAUCCGCUACUAUCCAUAUACAUCCUCAAACCCCAAGGCACACGCGUUAUCGACAUCCAACAGCAUGAUCGCAGGUCGCAAGGUGCCUCACGUGCAUCGAGUGGAGCGCCUGAUCCACUUGGAGCUCGAAGAAAAGCGAGUGGUAAAGCCUGACUGUCAGGCUUGUGGUCGUGAACACCGCGAGUGGUUCGAGAUUGAGGCUAACAGAGACGGCCUCAAGAGUGUCGAUGAAGUGGUGCGGCGAUGGGUUGAGUGGGCUGAGCGGCUCUAG